CUUGCGAUCCGCUCCUGGUUUUGCGGCUCCUCCCAGCCUUCACAAGUCUUACCUUCUCCCGGACUCUCAGCACUCCAGCAUUGCUGCGCAAGCAGAUGUUCCCCUCGCUCAGCGCAAUUAUUACCAUUUUUUCCCCCUCCGCAUCUCGGCCCACAGUGCUCUCUACGCCCGACGAGAAAAAGUGCGUCCCUCGGCUCGCCGGAGGUGGAGUUCGGCUGUUAUGUUUAUUUCUUGUGAGGAAUAACAUAAUCGUUUUUUAAUUUUUUAAAGGGGGGGGGGAGGCAAGACUACUCGGGUUUCCGCGGGUGCGGGAAGGCACCACCGGCUGUACCACACCUGUGAGUCGUUGUUGUGACCAGCCAGGAUGGAUGCAGAGCGGCGUGGGGACAUGUGCUGAAGGAGCACACUUUGACGUCGUCUUUAAGUGCUUCUCUUCACACACUCCGGAACUUAGAAGCUGACCGUUUCUUCUUUCCUCCUUUUAAAACUUGAUUAAAAAAAAAAGAGAGACGAAUAUGCCGUUACUCGUGGUUCCCUUUGUCCGCCGUCGACUCGGCGAGACCCUACUAGUGCUUUGGCUCAGCUUCACCGGCGUCACCUGCACCGGUUCUGAGCACGCCGCUACAGCGACACUUCCUGCCUUCUCCGACCUGUUGCCGCACUUCCUGGUGGAACCCGUGGAUGAGUACAUCGUGAAAAACAAGCCGGUGACGCUCGCCUGCCGCUCCACGCCGGCGACGCAGAUCUACUUCAAGUGCAACGGGGAGUGGGUUCACCAGGAUGACCACUUGAUUGAGCGGACCGUGGACCCGGCUACAGCUUUGCCAGUCAUGCAGGUGACAAUAGAAAUCACCAGACAGCAGGUCGAGAAAGUCUUCGGCCUCGAUGAGUACUGGUGUCAAUGUGUCGCUUGGAGCACCACCGGAACCCAGAAAAGCCAAAAAGCGUACAUCAGGAUUGCUUACCUGAGGAAGAACUUUGAAGAGGAGCCCCAGGCUAAAGAAGUGGCAUUGGAUCAGGAGGUGCUACUGCGAUGCCACCCCCCUGAGGGAGUGCCACCAGCCGAGGUGGAGUGGCAGAGGAACGAGGACGUCAUCGACCCGCAGACCGACCCCAAUUUUUUCAUCACCGCCGACCAUAAUCUCGUCAUCAAGAAGGCGCGGCUGGCCGACACGGGCAACUACACUUGUGUGGCCAAGAAUAUUGUCGCACGCCGCAAAAGCAACUCUGCCACGGUCCUAAUCUACGUCAACGGCGGCUGGUCCACGUGGACCACCUGGUCGUCCUGCAGCGCCGUGUGCGGGCGAGGCUGGCAGAAGAGGAGUCGGAGCUGCACCAACCCCACGCCAUUGAACGGAGGCACGUCCUGCGAGGGGCAAAACGUCCAGAAAAGUGCCUGCGUGGCCACCUGUCCAGUUGAUGGAGGUUGGAGCGAAUGGAGCAAGUGGUCAGCGUGCGGCGCCGACUGUUCGAUGUGGAGGAGCAGGGAGUGCACCCAGCCGUCACCUGGCACCGGGGGCAAAGACUGCCAGGGCCUCGACCUUCAGUCUCUUAACUGCACCAGCGAGCAGUGCCCUCAGACCGUGAGCGGAGCGGAGGAUGUGGCGCUCUACGUGGGCAUGGUGGCUGUGGCUCUGUGCCUGACCUUACUGCUCAUCACCGUGGUCCUGGUCUACCGGCGCAAGAAGGCUGGACUGGAUGCCGACGUGGCCGACUCCUCCAUUCUCACUACUGGCUUCCAGCCCAUGGGCAUCAAGCCUAGCAAGCCAGAGAAUUCUCAUUUGCUUACCAUCCAGCCCGAUCUAACGACCACCACCACCAGUUAUCAAGGCACUCUGCGCUCCCGCCAUGACACCACUGGCAAGUUUUCAAUGACCAACGGGCCUUUGCUGGACCCGCUUCCUAAGGGGUCGCACACUCUGCACAACGGGAAGCUCACUUCGAACCCCACAGACUUUGUGAGCCGGUUAUCCACUCAGAGCUACUUUAAAACACUGCCUCGUGAUGUGGCCAACACUUCCUACGGCACCUUUAACUUCCUGGGGGGGAGGCUGACCGUCCCAAACGCAGGAAUCAGUCUGCUCAUCCCUCCAGAAGCCAUCCCCCGAGGCAAGAUCUAUGAGAUUUAUCUCACCGUGCAGAAAAAGGAAGAUUUAAGGUUACCCUUGGCCGGCUGCCAGACCCUGCUCAGCCCUGUCGUGAGUUGUGGGCCUCAAGGGGUGGUCCUGAGUCGUCCCGUUAUCCUGAGCAUGGACCACUGCUCCGACGCAUGCCUCGAUAACUGGGCCGUCCGCCUCAAGAAACAGAACUAUGAAGGAGCUUGGGAGGACGUCCUGCUGAUGGGGGAGGAAUUGGCGUCAGAUCCUUAUUACUGCCAGCUGGAGGCUGAGACGUGUCAGCUGUUUUCCGAGCAGCUGGGCACCUUCGCCCUGGUGGGAGAGUCGCUGCACAUGGGCGCUGCCAAGCGUCUGAGACUGGUGCUCUUCUCCGACGCCUACUGCUCCACGCUGGAGUACAACAUCAGGGUCUACUGCAUGGACGACACACAGGACGUCUUCAAGGAGGUGAUGCAGAUGGAGAGGCAGCUCGGGGGUCGGCUGAUUGACGAGCCUCACAUGCUGCUCUUCAAAGACAGCUACCACAACCUGCGCCUGUCCAUCCACGACAUGCCCCAAGCCCACUGGAGGAGCAAGCUGCUAGCCGGCUACCAGGAGAUCCCGUUCUACCACAUCUGGAACGGUUCCCAGCGGUACUUGCACUGCACGUUCAGUCUGGAGCGCCUUAGCCUCAGCACCUGCGAGCUCACCUGCCAGCUGUGCGUGUGGCAGGUGGAGGGCGAAGGACAGAGUUUCACCCUCGACUUCAACAUCGCCAAGGACACCCGAGCGGUGGACUCGGAGUUCCUGUUAAUGGACAGUAACGCCACCGCUCUAGCAGGGCCCAGCGCCUUCCAGAUCCCGUACCUCAUAAGGCAGAAGAUCUGCAGCAGCCUGGACGCCCCGUGUCCCAACGGAGCUGACUGGAGAAUGCUAGCACAAAGGCUCAAGUUGGAGAGACACAUGAGUUUCUUUGCGUCGAAAGCCAGCCCCACCUCAGCCAUCCUGGACCUGUGGGAGGCGCUACAUUUCCACAGCGGCAACAUCAACCAGCUGGCGGCCGUCAUGGCCGACAUCGGCAAACAGGAGGCCAUGAUCUUCCUGGUGUCGGAUGGCGAGUGCUAACAGGCCAAGAGGGAGCCGGGAGGAGAGGGAAUGGACCGUGUGAGCUCAGUCUGAUAGAAAGUAACACAAUCAUUUCCCAUGCGAGUCGGUUGAACAUUUCCACGUGCGUACUACUGUCACGCCUUAUGUAGCACUUAGGGAAGGAGCUUGGAGUCAUCCUCAAUCAGCAAGCAGUCCUUUAAUUCAAUUGAAACAUGAAAAGGUUCAUAAGGACACACCCCUCUCCACUCAAUGUCAGGUCUGCGUGCUUUAGAACCCGAAUGUAACGUCACAGCUCCUAAAUCCACCUUUUGUUCUUCUGUCGUCUCCUACUUUCACUUUCAUCCUGCAGAACGCACUCAUCCAUUAAGAGAGGAUCCGCGGGUUCAAUCCCCAGUCCAGCCAUGGUUUGUUACGUCGUCUCCUCCUCAGGGUAGCAUGUGACGUGUCUAAAGUUGUCCAGAGAGCCCUCCUCGUUAAAGACGCACUCGGUCAAACAGCUGGCCGGCGCUCCACAAACACACCCCCCGACGGAUACACCGCAGCUUCUUUUAUGAUUGUCCCGAUUUUUGGAAUGUACUUUUAUGUUUCCAUGUGAGGACGAUUCGUUUUUAACGCGGCAUCUUAACUCUCUUUUAGGGACCGGGUAUUAGGGCCACCCUCAAAGCGGAGUCCCAUUAUUGGGGCUCAAAGAUACAAUUCUAUGGGAAUAAAAUUGUAACAUAUUGUAAUAAUAUUGUAUGUAAAACCACACUUUUUUAAUAUAUGAUGACUUUUGGCUUAUAGUAGUUUUUAAACUUGUUUUUUUAUUGUGAUUCCAUUAUCUCCCCCCCCCCCAAAAAAAUGUCAUAAUGUUACAUUCCCCUCGAAAAAAUAUGUGUUUUAAAUUUUUAAUGCUUUUGGUCCUUUUUAUUCUUAAUUUAACACCUUUAUUUGAUAUACCUGCCGUCACAACUUUUACAAUUUGUAAAAUGACACAAUUUUCCCGAAAAAUUAUGACAUUAUGUUGCAAUUUUAUUCUCUUUUACUGUUUUUUUUUAACUAGUAAAAAAUACUUUUUCAAAUAUAGGCUUUAAGAUUAUUACUUUAUUCUCACAAAGUAUUCUCUAAUUUGACUUACCGUAUUUUUCGGAGUAUAAGUCGCUUAUUCAAAAUUACAAUAAAAAAAAUUUGGCUGUGUAUAUAUAUAUAUAUUCCUCGCGCACUAAUUGACUGAAAGAGCAUGCACUUGGUGCAAUGAUGUCAUGUUAUCGAUGGAAAAAUGCAUUUUUAGACAAUAUGAUUUGCCUGAGCGGCUAGGAGACCCCGAGAGUAACAAGCGGUUGCCUUGUUGCCUUUCCAUUAAGAAAAAUAAACAACUUCUUAGUAUAAGUUUGCUGGUUUCAAUAAAUGUAAUGCCGGGCGCAUAUCAUUAUGUCAAGAUAAUGGCACUUGCAUUUACUUAAUUUAAGAAUAUUUUUCAACAUAUUGAGAAAAAAGGUCUCUUUUUUUUUUUUCUACCAAGAAAAGUGCACUUGUUAUUAGAGGAUAUACCGUAUUUUUCGGACUAUAAGUCGCUCCGGAGUAUAAGUCGCAACGGCCGAAAAUGCAUAGUAAAGAAGGAAAAAAACAUAUAUAAGUCGCACUGGAGUAUAAGUCACAUUUUUUGGGGAUAUGUAUUUGAUAAAACCCAACACCAAAAAUAGACAUUUGAAAGGCAAUUUAAAAUAAAGAAUAGUGAACAACAGGCUGAAUAAGUGUACGUUAUAUGAGGCAUAAAUAACCAACUGAGAACGUGCCUGGUAUGUUAACGUAACAUAUUAUGGUAAGAGUCAUUCAAAUAACUAUAACAUAUAGAACAUGCUAUACGUUUACCAAACAAUCUGUCACUCCUAAUCGCUAAAUCCCAUGAAAUCUUAUACGUCUAGUCUCUUACGUGAAUGAGCUAAUUAAUAAUAUUUGAUAUUUUACGGUAAUGUGUUAAUAAUUUCACACAUAAGUCGCUCCUGAGUAUAAGUCGCACCCCCGGCCAAACUAUUAAUAAAAAACUGCGACUCAUAAUCCGAAAAAUACGGUAAUUGUAUUUAAUUCCCUUUUACAUUACAGUUUACAUUUAAAACACUAUUCUUGUAUUUCAUUUUUAUUUUUUUUAUUGUCUUUCUUGGUGCAAAAUUUUGACUUUUUUUUUUUUUUGGACCAUAAAGUUAUUCCUAAAAAAAUGUGUGGGAAUAUUGACUUAGUUGUCAAAAUAAUUUGUCUUUUUAGAGUCUCCCUAAUUUAUAAAAAUACACAAACAUAUAUUUAAGUUUUUCCCUAACAGAAGCGGGAAUACCAUAAAAAAAUAUAAUUCACUGCACCAAGUAAAUGUUGCAAAGGAUCACACACCCACACACACACACACACACACACAUACACAACCACUGAGCAUACACUUAAAUGUGUGUGUGAGCCUAAUUAGUAACCAAAGUUUGAUUCCCUGCUUUGCAUUCCAAUCUUGUUUCUUGCCAUUGCAGACUGUUCGUUCGAGCCGUAACGUCGUCGGUGUGUAUAUGUAUGAUCAUUUUGUAAAGAAAAUGUAAAUUAUAUUUUAAUAUGAAGCCAAAUAUGAAUAGGAGAGGGUAAAAAAAAAAGACACUUUUAAGUUGCGCGGCAUUUGUCAAGUCUAAACCGUGACGUGUUUGCCUAUUUAACUGUUGUUUGGCGAUCUAGCGGUGAAGACUUUCUGCAGUGUUAAGGAAAAGCUAGAGUUUAUUACAGGAAGCUUCUGCACACCUUUUGUUGUUUGUCAUCACGACGCUUCACGUUCACUACUUUUCCAUACAAGGUACAACUAGUAAGGAACAUUUGUUGCUGUUAAAUGAGCAAUGGCAGUUGUACUGUGUGUGUGUGUGUGUGUGUGUGUGUGUGUGUGUGUGUGUGUGUUGUAUUUCUGCCCUUCUUGAGACAUCAACAAGGAAAAGUACCGUCCAUAUGAGGACCAAGUUAGGACCCAAAUCUUGGUCCCAAUACGGAAAACCAUUGCAUCUAAUAGAGAAUGUCUCAUUUGCAGCCCUGGUGGUGACAUCUAUCAAAAUGAGGGUGGUCCCAAAAAGGAGGGUUAUUUCAAAUUGACUUGUGUCGGUUUUAAAAGUGCGCCCCCUCUGGUCAACAUAAGAAAUAACAAGUUUGUGUAAGAAAUUGAAAUGCGCCCCCUUUGGCCAAAAUUAAUCAAGCAAAUAAAAUAAAUAUGUACGUAUAUAGAGACAUACUGUAAUAACUUGAAGUAAAUAAUGAAGAUUAAAAACCAAUUACAAACAAAAAAAAUUUAAAUAAAUGAACUAAAAGCAGUCUUUUUCUCACAAUGUGUUGACUUUUUUUUUUUUUAAAUAAAAUUGGGAACUAUUUCUCAUAUUCUUUCUGUUUCUGUAAUAUUAAAAUAUUUUCUCGUAAAAUUAUUUUUUUAUGUAAAAUUAUGACUUUUUUACGGAGCCCCUAAAGGGGGAAAACAUUUUUUUUUUCUCUUUUUUUUUUUUUUUUUUUUUUAGACAUGUAUCUCGUGUGCACGACAAACUUUUUAAUAGUUGUAAAAAAAAAUAAAAUCAUUUAAAUUAGAAUUUAUUGAUUUUAUUUUAUUUUUUUGAAAACAUGUAUCUCGUGCGCACUAGAAAGUUUCUCGUGCGCACAAGAUACAUGUCUGAAAAUAAAAAUGUUUUAUUUUUUUUAAUUUUUUUAUAACUUUAGGAAAAGUUUCUCGUGCGCAAGAGAUACUUGUGUAUAAAAAUAAUAAUAAAAAAAAAAAAUUCCCCCAUGUCCCUUUAGGGGCUCCGUACUUUUUAAUGCAAAAUGGUGACAUUUGUCAUAUAAAAUUCUGACUUUUAUCACAAUAUUUCCAACUUUUUUGUUGUUCUUGUAAAACAGUGACAUUUUUGGAGUGAAAUUAUGACCGUUGUCAUAAUUUUUCCAAGUAAAAUUCCGAUUAUUCUAAUAUUGCCAAAAUUUUACAGUUGUCUUAUAAAAUUGUGACUUUUUUUCGAGUACAAUUAUUUUAUUAUGUAAAAUGGUUACUUUUUUACGGAGCCCCUAAAUGGACA